UUGCUAGACAUGCUGUAUGUUGCACACAUGAAUAAACUCUCUAAAACACUUCAGAAAUCUCUCUUAAACCGCUACACAGUCUCCUAUGUUUUUAAAACUACACUAAAUACUAGAGAAAAAUCGGAGAAAAACGCUUACACUAUUUUAAACAGAAACAGAUAUGGCUUCCUCCAGCAUUCUCCUGUCUGAAGAGCAGUUCCUGUGCUCUAUCUGUCUGGAUGUGUUCACUGAGCCAGUCACCACUUCAUGUGGACACAACUUCUGCAUGGCCUGUGUCACAAAGUACUGGGAUAGCAAGGACCUGUGCCAAUGUCCACUAUGUAAGGAGAAGUUCUACAGACAACCUGAGCUUCGUGUCAACACAACUUUCAGAGAGGUUGUAGAGAAUUUUAAAAGGAUGAGAGACAGAGGUAAAGAUGAAUCCCCUCCCAAACCUGGAAAAGUGCCCUGUGACGUUUGCACUGGAAAGAAGCUCAGUGCCAUGAAGUCCUGCCUGGUGUGUCUGGCCUCUUACUGUGAGACUCACCUGGAACCUCAUCACAUAGCCCCACCCUUAAAGAGACACAAACUGAUCGACCCUGUGGAGAACCUAGAAGACAGGAUCUGUAAGAAACAUGACAGACUCCUGGAGAUGUUCUGUAGGACUGACCAGACAUGUGUGUGUCAGUUCUGCACUGAGGCAGAACACAAGACUCAUGACACUGUCCCUAUAGAGGAAGAGUGUGGAGAGAGGAAGGCUCAGCUGGGGAAAACUGAGGCAGAAGUGCAGCAGAUUAUCCAGGAACGACUGAAGAAGGUUAAAGACAUCAAACUCUCAGUAGAUCUCAGCAAGAGAGAUGCAGAGAGGGAGAUAGCAGACAGCGUGCAAGUCUUCACUACUCUGGUGCGCUCCAUUGAGAAAAGCCAGGCUGAGCUGAUUGAGGUGAUUGAGGAGAAGCAGAAAGCAGUAGAGAGGCAGGCUGAAGGGUUCAUUAAAGAGCUGGAGCAGGAAAUCACUGAGCUAAAGAGGAGAAGCACUGAUCUGAAGCAGCUCUCACACACUGAGGACCACCUCCAACUUCUCCAGAACUACCCAUUACUAGUGUGCACCCCUCCACACACCAAGGACUGGUCUGAGAUCAAUGUUCACAGUGAUCUGUGUGUGGGGACUGUUAGGAAAGCUGUGUCUCAGCUUGAGGAGACACUGAAUAAAGAGAUGGAGAAGCUGCCUGAAGUCAAACUGAAGAGGAUUCAGCAGUAUGCAGUGGAUGUGACUCUGGACCCUGAUACAGCAAACCCCUGGCUCAUCCUGUCUGAAGAUGGGAAACGAGGAAGACGUGGAGACACACCACAGAAUCUUCCUGACAAUCCAAAAAGGUUUAAUAAGUAUUCAUUUGUCCUUGGACAGGAUGGCUUCUCCUCAGGGAAAUUUUACUAUGAGGUGACGGUUAACGGUAAGACUAGGUGGACUUUAGGAGUGGCCAGAGAGUCCAUAGACAGGAAGGGGUCUGUAUCACCUAGCCCUGAAUAUGGACUCUGGACUGUGGUCUUAAUGGAUGGGAAUCAAUACACAGCCUGUGCCUACCCCCAAGUCAUCCUGUCCCUGAGAGAGAAGCCUAAGAAGGUGGGGGUGUUUGUGGACUAUGAGGAGGGUCAGGUCUCCUUUUACAAUGUGGAGGCCAGGUCUCAUAUCUACUCUUUCACUGGCUGCACCUUUAAAGAUAAACUCUUUCCCUUCUUCAUCCCCAGUAAUAAUGAUGAUGGAAAAAACUCAGCUCCUCUCAUCAUUUCUCCUGUCAAUCACACAGGCUGAUUAAACAAUGGAGAGAGAAUAUUUUUUUUCGGGUUAUUGCCCUAAAUUGUCAUUUGUGUUGAAAAAUGUUUUGAGCUUGUAAUGUACCAUAAUGCAUCUUUCAAAAUUUGCCAAGAUAUACUUAAUGAAUACAACACAGCUUUGGUGUCACCCUGUCUCAAAAACAAAUGGUUUUCACCGUUUGGAACAAUUGGAAAUGAAGCUUUUCCUCCUGACCGUGGAUGUAGUUGAAUGUGAGAAAGAACUUGCUUUUGAGCUGGUUUUCGGUUUGCGACAGUGAAUGUAAUAAAGGACGUACUUUUCCUUUGAGCUGGUUGUGGAUGUAGGUGAGGAUGAGGCGAGGGAUCUCCACCAGGGUGAUGAUGAAUGAAUCUUUGGCCACGUUGCCCAGGUUUUAGUGGGACAGUUGCGUCAUAGAGGAUAGGACGGGGUCAGGGCCAGCUGAGAUGUAUUCCUGAUGUCCACCACAGAGUACAGGAAAAGAGGAGUUUGAAAUAGUAUAAGUGGUACACUACAGACCUGGGUUCAAAUAGUAUUUGUUUUCUUUCAAAUACUUUUGCCGUUUGAUUGAGCCGGUAUGGCGUGCCAGAUGGGCAGGGUCUGUACUUUAGGGACUAUUCCAUUGGUUCAACCGCAUCAGGCGAGAUCAAUGAAGUCCACUGCAUAAAAAUGGUAUACAACAUA